AUGCCCGGAAUAUGCCCUCACCAACCUCCUUCCUCACCUACUGCCUCUGCCAGGACCUCAUCCCUCCCCAGCUUCCCUCUCUCCGGCAAAACCGCCCUCAUAACCGGCGCCAGCCACGGCAUCGGCCGCUCCCUCGCCUUUGCCUUUGCCCGCGCCGGCUGCUUCGUAGCCUGCGUAUCACAUUCCUUACCUCUACCUCUCGAUUCCGUAUGCUCCGGCUCCUCCUCCUCCAAUCCCAAUCCCACCACCGCCACACUAAUCAACGCCUCCAUGUCCCUAUCCUUCUCCCCGGACAUGCAUGCUACAGGGAACAUGUGCAAGGACCGCGCUCGGGAUUUCAUCUACGACGUCACCGCCCCUUCGUCUUUCCCCCAGCUCGAGCGAGACAUCCAAAAAUGGGUCAACCAACCAGUCACAAUCUUAGUAAAUAACGCGGGGAUAGCCCGGGUCGAAGCCGUUGAAUACCAGACAGCAGCAGCAGAACACAAAGGAGGAAUACAUAUAGGAAUGGAGACUUGGAACAAAGUGAUCGCUACCAACUUGACGGGCCCCGUGGCUUUGACGUACCAGUUCCUACCGGGGAUGUUGGCUGCUGGAGACGGAUGUAUCAUGAGCGUGGGGAGCAGGAACGCAGUGGUGCCGGUGCCGUUUAUGGCGGCGUAUAACGUGUCGAAGACGGGACUGUUGAAGUUUCAUGAGACGCUCGAGAGGGAGGUGGGCGGUACACAUAGGGGGGUGCGUAAUUUCUUUGUGGUUCCGGGAAAUAUUCCUGAGACGGGCAUUUUGAAGAGGGAGGAUAGUGUGGAUGAGCGAAGUUAUCGGGAGAGCGAGAGGGUGAGAAAUAUGGUUGAACGGAUCGAGGAUGCAGGGAAGAAAGGGGAUAAUGCUGCCACGAGAGCGCAAGAGUUUGCGGAGGUUUGUGUGCGGCUGGCUGCCAUGGGGAAGGAUGCAGAGAUUUUGAGCGGGCGUUACGUGGACGCGGAACGAGAUGUGGAAGCGCUGUUGGAGGAUGCAAAGAAGGGGAAGGAAAGCAAGAUAUGUAAGAUGGGGCUGUAUCAGUUGAAGGUCGACAGGUUAUAG